CGACCCAAACAUAGCUUCUGUUGGAGCCGACUGAAAAUGUCGCGAACAACAGAAAACACUGCUAAAGCUGUUCACUCUUGCAUAUAAGCCUCAGAACCCAGAACCUGUCUCUCUCUCUCUCUCUCUCCACCCAUAAAACCCCACCUCUAUGCCUCCCAAAAGCAGCCAAACAUCUCCAUUCUAAUUUUCCACCACCUCCAUAAACUCCAUCCCCCCCUCCUACCACCACUAACCUUUUCCCAAAUCUUCACUACUUCACUCCCUCUGAACAGAAACAGAACUGUACAAACAACAACAAAAUGCCAUCAGAUUCUGGUGAGAGAAGACCCACAAGACCACAGCAAGUGGGUGCGCCACCGCCGGAGCCGGAGCACCUCCCCUGCCCUCGCUGCGACUCCACCAACACCAAGUUCUGCUACUACAACAACUACAACUUUUCUCAGCCCCGCCACUUCUGCAAGUCCUGCCGCCGCUACUGGACCCACGGCGGCACCCUCCGCGACAUCCCCGUCGGCGGCGGUAGCCGCAAGAACGCCAAACGCUCCCGCCCAACGACCACCACCUCCUCCGCCGCAGCUCAGGACUACCACCACCACCACCACAUAUCGGUUCCCACCGCCACACCAGUUUUGUUCGGCCUCUCCUCCGCAGCCGCAGAGCACGGCCUGUCCGUACCGUUUGUGGGUGACGUGAAGCCGGGUCUGAACGGUUGCGGAAGUUUUACUUCCUUGUUGAGCACUCAGGCACCUGGGUUCUUGGCGCUGGGUGGGUUUGGGCUUGGUCUUGGGUCUGGGUUUGAGGAAAUGGGAUUUGGGCUUGGAAGAGCUGUUUGGCCCAUUUCUUCGGUUGGGGAUGGUGGUGCUGGUGGCGCUGCUGGUGGUGCAAAUAUGAUUGGGAGUACGUGGCAGCUUGAGAGUGGUGAAGGUGGGUUUAUUACUGGUGAGGAUUGCUUUUCGUUGCCGGAUCUUGCUAUUUCCACACCAGGGAAUGGUCUUAAAUGAGGUGUUUGUUUUGUAUUGGUAACUCCCUUUUUGUUUUUAGAUAUGAUGAUGAUGAUGCUGAUGAUGAUGAUGAUAAUAGGUUUUGUUGCCUUAACAACUACAUGUUAAAGAGAGUUUGAUUUAGGUCUGAAAUGUCAGAGGAAGCAAUGGUUGUUCUUGAUUGUGGACUUACCUUUUCUUAUCCAUGGUUUUUCAUCAGUUUAAUUUCGUUUGUUAGAUAAUUUAUCAAUUUUUAUGUUAGCAUCCA